AUUUAGAGCGCAGCGGCUGACGGGCUGCGUCGCCUUCGCAGCUGCCUGGCCGGCUCUGUCUCUCGCACCCGCCCGCUCGCCCGCUGAGCCCUCGCCCCCUCCCCACCCGCAGACAUGUCCGAGACUAAGAACGGCCCCGAGUACGCCUCCUUUUUCGCGGUCAUGGGCGCCUCGGCCGCCAUGGUCUUCAGCGCCCUGGGUGCUGCCUACGGGACGGCCAAGAGUGGCACGGGCAUCGCGGCCAUGUCUGUCAUGCGGCCAGAGCUGAUCAUGAAGUCCAUCAUCCCAGUGGUCAUGGCUGGCAUCAUAGCUAUCUACGGCCUGGUGGUGGCGGUCCUCAUCGCCAACUCCCUGAAUGAUGGCAUCACUCUUUACAGGAGCUUCCUCCAACUGGGCGCGGGCCUGAGUGUGGGCCUGAGCGGGCUGGCAGCUGGCUUUGCCAUCGGCAUUGUGGGGGAUGCCGGAGUGCGGGGCACUGCCCAGCAGCCUCGGCUAUUCGUGGGCAUGAUCCUCAUCCUCAUCUUCGCUGAGGUCCUUGGCCUCUAUGGUCUCAUCGUGGCCCUCAUCCUUUCCACAAAGUAGCUCUUCUCUGAGCCCACCAGCCACAGAAUAUGAUGUAAAGACCACCCCCUCCUCAUUCCAGAACGAACAGCCUGACACACACGCACGGGGCAGCUGCCCCCCAGUAGUUGGUCUUGUAAAUGCGCAGUGUCCUAGUGCCCAUCAUCCGUUGCCCCUGGCCUUGCCCCUGCCCGCCCCGUGCCGUGGACAUCUGGGCCCACUCAUCACCCACCCAGGCCCCCGACCAGUGAGGAUGCAGGCCCCUGGCCGCCCCCACCCACCUGCUCUAGAAUGUUCUGUGUAUAAGAAUGAAUUAGAGUUGUCAUUUUCUUCACUGGAUGUUUAUUUAUGAAGAUUUGACCUGUUAUGCGUCUGUGGAGCAGCCCUCCGUCUCCCAACUAUAUAGUAAUCUUAGGUAGAGUGUUGCCUUGUGGGGUCACCGUUUGCUGAGACCUCUUGGACGGAACCACCCUCCUCCAGCCGUGGCUGCCUGGGCCGCGUGCUGGGCCUGCCGGGGCCUGGCGCUGAGCCGUGCCCAAUAAAGUUCUCAGAUGUGACUGGA